AUGUGCGCAGACGCCUCUUCGUUCGUGCUCUCGAGAGCCAAGGUUGAAGAUAUCCCCGAAGUGGUUGAGCUGCAGUACGAUGCCUUCCCGGACUUUGCACGUCGGGCCUUCAUGGGGUGCUACUCGCGAGACGACAUCGCAAAAGUGGCGGCUUACUACAUGGAAGAGAUGCGCACCGACCCGAGCGACAUUUGGAUCAAGGUCAAUGAUGUUGAGAGCGGUAAGAUUGUCGCUGCCUCGAACUGGAAGCUGUAUUCGACCAGCGCACUUCCACAUGGUACGGACAAAGUCCCGACUUGGAUCGAGGAUGAGGAAGCCAAAGAACUCACUCGAACGAUACUGGAGCCCAUGAAUGAGCUGAGGCUCAAGGAGAACGUCGGACCGUUCAUACGCAAUGCUGCCGAAUACAGACGUCGAGGAGUGGCCAGUAUGAUGAUGCAAUGGGGCUGCGAUCUGGCCGAUCUACUUUCUCUUCCAGGUUGGAUAGAGGCGAGCCCUGAAGGUGAUCAACCUCACCAAAACCCAGCAGUUUAG